AUGUUCUACUCUCACAGCCUCCUCGCUCGCAAAGAGCCGCUCGGCCAAAUCUGGAUGGCCGCGACGAUGCAUGCCAAGAUGAACCGGAGAAAUCUCAACCAGCUAGACCUCAUCCGAAUCUGCGAGGAGAUUCUGAACCCGAGAGCUCCUAUGGCUCUCCGACUCUCCAGUAUUCUCAUGGGUGGAGUCGUCAUCGUCUAUGAACGUAAAGUGAAGCUUCUAUUUGAUGAUGUGCACCGUCUCCUGGAUCAAUUAAACGAAGCAUGGAAGAAGGUGAAACCCAACUCCGACUCCACUGUCCUCCCCAAACGGCGAGCUCAGGCCAAGAAAGAAGCGAUUACUCUGCCAGAGCAUGAAGAAACAGAUGUUGGGGGUGUCAUUGACAUCGAGCAGUUCCUUGAUUUCUCUCACCAUGCCACGCUCUUCCAGCAGCAAACCGGCUAUUUCCUCAUGCAACUGGAUAGCGUAGAUGUGGGAGAACCACUUCACGAUAAUGCAGCAGAGGGAGAUCAACAUCAGAACUUACAUCAAGCUGAUCUUGAGGAUAUCACAUUGCCUAAACGUUAUGAUCCAUCAGAUGCACAUGCAGAUCUGUUCAACCGUCACUAUGAGAGAUUUGAAAUUGAGGGAGAUGACUUAGACUUCACAUCCGGAGAGCCCACACAUAUGCGGCCACCUUCUCCAAUUAAUCCAAUACCUUCUCCACCUUGCCAAGACCAGCGUCAGGAUGGACAUCAGCCUGAUAAUGUGUUUGAUGAAAUGGUGCGGAUGCAGGACGUUCAAGAGAAUGCUCAACAAAGGCAGAGGCCUAAAAGGAGUAGAAAGAGAAAAUCACCAGCCUCUGUAAUGGAUAAUGACCAAACAGUUCAUCCUGCUCAUGUGUACCAGUCUUGGCUUCAAGAUGCUUCAGAUAUAGUUUCAAAAAGACGAAGAAAUCAAAAGCCCAAGAAUAUAAUUUCUGCUAUGAAGAUUGGUAAACUCAUGGAGCAGCCAGUUAGCGUUCUCAUGGGCCAUUUAUUCAAACCUGGAAGUGGAGAAACAUAUUAUCCAGCUCCUCUCUUAGAGCUAUUCAAGGAAAAACCUACCCAUGACUCACCUGCAUCCACCUCUCGACCUCUGCCUCCAGAACCACCGUCAUGGUCACCACCUGGAAGACAAACAUAUCAAGAACUGCCUGUUGAAGAUCUUCAUAGUGGAGGUGGCUCCCAGUCGUUUGUAACUCCCACAGAACAGCUACGGACAAAUUUAUUUGACAAUGAUGUACCACCACCUGACAUCAUGAAUGAACUGAGAGCCAAUCUUAAUGGCAUGAGAGGAACUGAUAGCAACUUGGCAACACCAAGAAAUUCUGGAGACGAAAGAAGAUCUGUCCUGAGCUCCUCCUCUGGAAAGGGAGUUAACAAAAACAGUUCAGAAGUGGAUUCAGGACGGAAAAGACGUUAUUCAUCUAAACAUAGCAAUGAUGGACUUGAACCAGUGUCAGAGGACAGUGGAUUUCAUCACCCUGAUCCAAACUGCAAGGUAUCAGAAUUAUCUGGAAAAGGCCCAACUCCUGAGCAAGAACUGUUGAUGGAAACUGGACCGACCCAAACACAACAACCUAUCAUCAAUCAGCCACUGGAAAAAGUGACUGAUGCAAUUCGAAUGUAUUUGAAAUCCCAUUUUGAAAUACUGGGUGGCCCUCAAGUGGAAUCCCUGAACAACCUGACAGCUGGAAUGAAUCGAAAAGGAGCGGCUAUGCUUUUCUAUCAAACUUGUGUUCUUGCUACUCGUAAUUUCAUAAAAGUUGACCAAAGCGCCCCUUAUGAGGAUAUCCUGAUCACUAGAGGACCAAAUAUGUGAUUAGUGAUAGAGAACUUGCGCUGGAAUGAGGAAGCUGAUGAUAGUUUUUGAAGAAAGUUAACAUUGCUGAUUGCUCCUUUGUGGAAGCUGAUGCUAGUUUUAGUCUAAUUAUCCUUUUUCCAGGUGUAAUUGAGAGAGAUUAGAUACACCGUGAUCUAAUUAUCAUAUUUAUGGUGUAAUAAGUAUUUUAGGCAGUGCUACUUUGUUGCAAUGGGCUCAUUGCUGUUCUUCCAGCAGCUCCAUUGUGAUUCAUUUUAAGUAGUUUUGUCGGUCAUCUUUGAUAUGGUUUUGUAUAAUGGAUU